CGCACUAGUACUCUGAGUAAGUUCUAUGGGAGCAUUGAUAUCAAAACUGAGUUCCAACCUCGCAGAAGGGAAGGUGUUUACGCACGGGAUGUGCUCGAUGCAGUGUCUGCGAGCAGGAAAAAUGGGAACAUUGAUAUUGAGAUGAGUUCCACACGCGCGGACGGGGGUUGUUUACGCACGGGACGUGGUCGGUGCAGUGACUGCGAGUACGGAAAUAAAAAGCAUCUGAAUUCCACUCUUGAAGAAGGCAAAGUGUUUACGCACGAGAUGAGCUCGAUGCAGUGACUGAGAGUACGGAAAUAGAGAGCAUCUGAGUUCCACAUUCGCGGAAGGGGAGAUGUUUACGCACGGGAUGUGGUGGUCGGUCCAGUG